UGGAUGUCUGAGAGAGGUGAACAGGAUGAAAGGCAGCUGAACACUUGCUAUGAAAAACAGCAUGCAAAUCUAUAUCCAUGGUCAGUAGAGCGUCACAGUUGAUGGUUGGGCUAUGUAUCCUGGAUGCAAGGAGUAUACAGUCCUUAAGGUAUACUGCAGGUUUGAUUCCCAAUGGUUGAUCUAAGCAGCAUCAUUUGCUGUUACUGAGAUUCCUCAUGUGGUGUUCAGCAGAGAGGAACCUGGACAAGCUGUUGUGUUGGUCUGAGUGUGCAACAAUCUGAAUCACAGCAUCAUGGAAGGCCUCACAUGGGAAGUACGAGCAAACAGCCGCGACUUUCACCGAACCAAGCAGAAGAAAUCUUUUCUAUGCUUCCGCUGGGGGCGAUAUGCGGAUAAUCUGGUACGCAGCUAUAAGUACCACACCUUGACUUCCUCCCCCUCUGACGCUGUUUGAGCAGUUCCAGCGAGUGGCCAACCUCUAUUUCCUCCUCAUGGUGGUGAUGCAGUGUGUCCCUGCCAUCUCUUCUAUUCCAUGGUAUAUCACCAUCAUCCCACUGCUUUCCGUGCUUUCAGUGAGAGGACUGAAAGACCUCGCCAAUGAUAUGACAAGGAGACGCAGCGACUCUGCGAUCAACUCCCGACCCUGUGACGUUCUCAUCUCUCAGAGUUUCAGAAAUCUACAAUGGAAGGAUUUGUGUGUGGGAGAUAUACUUCGAAUCCACAAAGACCAAAUCAUCCCUGCAGACCUUCUUCUCCUUUGUAGCUCCGAACCUCACAGUCUUUGUUAUGUGGAGACUGCAGAUAUAGAUGGGGAGACCAACCUCAAGUAUAGACAGGCCCCCAGUGCUACCCACGAUGAGCUGACCUCUGACCCCUCUGAGGAAGGCCUUUCUGCCUUUGACGGUGUUGUACUCUGUGAGGAACCAAACAACCGCCUGUACAGUUUCAGAGGUCAGCUCCACUGGCGAGGACAGACUCUUCUGCUGGACAACGAUCACAUCCUCCUACGGGGAACAAUCCUACGCAACACAGAGUUUGCCUAUGGCAUGGCCUUAUACAUGGGCGCAGACACUAAGAUCCUGAAGAACUCGGGAAAACUGCGAGUGAAGAAGACCCAAAUGGAAAAAGUUUUGAACAGAAUAGUGAUAGGGAUAGUCCUGUCUUUACUCCUGGCAGCGCUGCUCCUUGCGAUCGGCAGUGGCGUGUUUGCAAGUCAGGUCAUGAGCCAGUCUGAGGUCCUGUCGGCUCUGGUGGUCGACGGUAACCCUGCCUACACCGGCUUCCUUGCCUUCUGGAGCUACAUCAUCCUGCUCAGUCCUGCCAUGCCCAUAGCGCUCUAUAUCUCGUUUGAGAUGAUCCACACAGUCCACAGUUUUUUCAUUGGCUGGGAUCUGGACAUGUUUUGGCAGAAGGAAAACAGACCAGCCCAGGCCAGGAAUACCUCACUGAAUGAGGAGCUCGGCCAAGUGGGAUACCUGCUGAGUGACAAAACUGGGACACUGACCCAGAAUUGUCUGCUUUUCAGACAAUGCUGCAUCGCUGGGGAGAUCUAUGGGGAUGCAUCAGUCAGUGCUGAGGACACAGAGCCCAUGGACUUAAGCUGGAAUCCAUUCUCCUGCGGUGGUCUUUUCAUGUCAGCCCCCAGUCUGGUGGAGAGGCUCAGAGAACAACAGUGUCCCGACAGUAGGCAGUUCCUCUCAGCUCUGGCUUUAUGUCACACUGUCAUGGCUGAGUGGAAAAACGACAUUCCAGUCUACCAGGCUGCAUCCCCAGAUGAGGAAGCGCUUGUUAGUGCAGCCAGGGAGCUGGGCUGGGUUUUCCUGUCCAGAACUAGAGACUUCAUUAUUGUCUCUGAGCUGGGUGAAACUCGGAAAUAUCAGCUGCUAGCACUGCUAGACUUUACCAGCAAGAGACGCCGCAUGUCUGUACUUGUUCGGGAGCCAGAGGGCGGGUUAAAGCUAUACUGUAAAGGGGCAGACAUAGUGAUCUUAGAGAGACUGCAAAAGGACUGUCCACAUCAGGAAAGGACUGAAAGAGCCCUGGAGCUGUUUGCCCAGUCUUGCCUGAGGACGUUGUGUAUAGCAGUUCGAUCUGUUCCAGAGGCAUCAUGGGAACAGUGGAGUAAAACGCUGUCCCAGUCUGCUGUCAUGACUAUCGCCGAUCGUGAAGCGCUGCUCGAAAAGCUCUAUGAUCAAAUGGAAAGAGAGCUACAGCUUUUGGGAUUGACUGCAAUAGAAGACCGGCUUCAGGAGGGUGUUCCCGAGACUAUUGCUUUGCUUCAGCAGGCUGGUCUUAAUGUAUGGGUACUAACUGGAGACAAAAAAGAGACUGCAGUGAAUAUUGGAUAUUCUUGUAAAUUACUGGACUCAGAUACUACAAUACUGGAAUGGCAUGAGCUGAGACAGAUCCUUCAGUCCCCAGACCCAGAAGUCAGUUUCAUGAAGGCCAGACAGACAGAGCUGUGGGCUGUAGACAAAGACAUGAGUGGAGCAAAGACUGCUGUGGUCCUCACUGGGCCCGAGCUGGCAGAGUUUGAACAGAGACCGGAGUGGGGGGCUUCAUUUAUGACCCUGGCAAAACAGUGUCAGUCGGUGCUCUGCUGUCGUGUCACACCUGGACAAAAAGCUGAUGUCGUCUCAUUAGUCAGGAAACAUACCAGCUCCAUUACCCUGUCAAUCGGAGACGGCGCCAAUGACGUGAAUAUGAUUAAAACGGCCCAUAUCGGAGUGGGACUGGCAGGAGUGGAGGGAGGCCAGGCAGUGCAGAAUGCUGACUUCGCUCUGUCCCAGUUCAGAUUUCUGCAGAAGCUGCUUCUGGUCCAUGGACACUGGUCAUACCAGCGCAUCUCCCUCUUUCUGCACUACUUCCUGUUCAAGACCUGUAGUUUUGCUCUUGUUCACAUAUGGUUUGGUUUCUUCAAUGGUUUCAGUGCUCAGUCUCUGUAUGAGACAUGGUUCAUCGCUCUCUACACUGUUUUCUACACAGCAUGGCCUGUCCUUUGUCUGGCCUUCUUUCAACAGGAUGUGAGUGCUGAAGGCUGCCUCAAGUGGCCAGAGCUCUAUAAGUCUGGACAGAGGCAGGAGCUGUCCAGUCCUCUGAUGAUGGCAUCAUCGCUGCUGUACGCCAUCUACGCAUCACUUGUUUUAUUCUUCAUCCCAUUUGGGGUUUACAACAACUCAGCAUUUGACUACCAGACGAUGUCAGUCACCGUCUCCAUGGCAGCAACAUUUACAGCCAGCAUUGAGAUUGUGCAGAUGACUAAAUACUGGACCAAGUUCAACAUAGCAGCUGUGUGUGUCUCAGUGCUGAUGUACUUCCCCUGUUCCAGGAUCACCCACAGCAGCCGCCUGUUUGAGAAAUCACCUAAGGACUAUUUCUUUAUUGGGGUGUCUGAUAAGGCCUUCAUCGAUCCGGUUGUGUGGCUCACAGCUCUGCUUACUGCCUGGACGGCUGUUUUGCCCUCGGUGACCAUCAAUGCCCUCAAUGUCAUCCUCAAAAUCCAUGACAAACAUAAGGUCCACAGUGUGUCCCAUCAACCAGUGGAACUCAGGUCGAAGGUUGUAAGAGGGACAUCUCUUCGCCGAUCCUCUUAUGCCCUAUCUCAGGGACCAGGUCCUAGACGCAUGAUCGCAUCAGGGACCUACAUGUGCAACACAGUACCAACAGUGGAUGAGAAGGUGACUGAAAAUAACAAUAUCACUAACCUGUGACGGACAAUAGCAAUACACUGUGAUGUGAGAAGUCAAAUGGUGUGUUCAGUUGAAAAAUUAUGACUGAAUGUAUUUCCUACUUUUAAUAUGGGAAAACUGCGAUCGUAUAUAUACUGUUAUUGCAACAUAGAUAUUAUUUGUUCUAUUUCUGUACUUCAAACAUGGUUUUUAAAGGCAGCUCUUUGUGGAGCCCGCACUUUUCCAAUAAAAUAAAUAUACAA